UCUUCCUGUAAGCGGCGAAAGGUGACUCGUCAAGAUGGUUCGCUACUCUCUUGACCCGGAAAAUCCCACAAAAUCUUGUAAAUCACGAGGUUCAAACCUUCGCGUUCACUUUAAGAACACCCGGGAAACUGCCCAGGCCAUCAAGGGCAUGCACAUCCGCAAAGCUACCAAGUACCUGAAGGAUGUCACUUUAAAAAAGCAAUGUGUGCCAUUCCGUCGGUAUAAUGGUGGAGUUGGUAGGUGAGCCCAGGCCAAACAAUGGGGCUGGACACAGGGACGGUGGCCAAAGAAGAGUGCAGAGUUUUUGCUGCACAUGCUUAAAAACGCAGAGAGUAAUGCUGAACUUAAGGGUUUAGAUGUAGACUCUCUAGUAAUUGAACACAUACAGGUGAACAAGGCACCUAAGAUGCGCCGACGAACUUACAGAGCUCAUGGCCGGAUUAACCCAUACAUGAGCUCCCCCUGCCACAUUGAGAUGAUCCUCACUGAGAAGGAACAAAUUGUUCCAAAGCCAGAAGAGGAGGUUGCACAGAAGAAAAAGAUAUCCCAGAAGAAACUGAAGAAACAGAAGCUCAUGGCACGGGAAUAAAUUUAGCAUAAAAUAAAUGCAGA